UUAUUCGCCGCAUCACAAAUCGAUAGUGUCGUCUGCGGAUGUUUCAUAUUUCGUGCGCUAAAUUAGUUACCGUGUGAAAAUUCUAAUAACACAUCUUCCAACAAACGUAAAACGAAACACACAGUACGAGAAGGUUGAUCAGUCAUUCCUGAAUUUGUCCUGAGGUACCAAUCGACCCCAAGUCUGUCGAAUGUGAUAAGGGUUUUGCACCCGUAUUAUCUGUGAACGGUUCAUUCGGUGCUGAUAAAAGUCGCCCCGUGUAGCAACGGUUGGCAUUUAAGUGAAGGUAAUCAAUUGAAAUUUCCACAAAGACAGUGUUCAGUUUGUACGAUGGCAAAAUAUCAUGAAAGCACAACCAUCUUCAACUAUUCCUGGGAACAAGUUACGCAGGGCUUCUGGAAUCGCUACCCGAAUCCGUUCAGUACGCACGUACUCUCCGAGGAUACCGUCACCCGGGAGAUUCGAAAUGGUAAGCUGCACAGCAAGCGGCUGCUCACGAAGACGAACCACGUGCCGAAGUGGGGCGAACGCUUUUUCAAAGCUAAGUCGGUCAAUAUCAUCGAGGAGUCGGUGGUGGAUCCGAAGGAAAAGACGCUCGUAACGUAUACGAGAAAUAUUGGCUUCAACAAAAUCAUGAGCGUUGUGGAACAAGUCGUGUACAAAUCGUUACCGGAUCAACCGGGCAAAACGAUCGCAAUUCGAUCGGCGUGGAUCGACUCGUCGGUGUACGGUUUCGGUACGGCCAUACGGGCGUUCGGGCUGGAAAGAUUCAAGAAAAACUGUGCCAAGACGGUGAAUGGAUUCAACCACGUUCUGCAGCACAUGUUCCCUAACAACCCGGUAGCGUUGGUCGCAUCCGCCGCCGGCAAAGAUCACCACGGUUCCAAGGCGCAGAAGCUUCGCGAGGCAGCCAAGCAUGCGUCGGAUCACAUGAAGGCGCAGGCCGAACAGUUGGUACAAAAUCUCUCCGUCAAGGGCUAGAGAAGGAGCACAAAGGAAGGGAAAACCCAGGAGGAGGAACCAGUGAUGAUGGUGGUGGGAGGCAAACACCCACCAUUCGACCCCGACGCAUCGAUCGACUAACUGAGUCGGAGGCGGAUAUGAUCGUGCAAAUAUUCCAGUUUUACUUUACCUUUCGGAUCGAGUGCGCUGGUUCGUUUAACGAUAAAGCCCAUUCAAUUAACGCCUCCUCCCCCCGUUUUCUACAGCAUCUUGUUGAUCCCAGAGCUGUGCUAGAGUUUAGGAUAAGUAGUAAGUAGUCAUUAGUGAGACAAUCCGUAUAAAGCCUCACGAUCGCGGGUCGAAUGACACGUUCACCUCCUGUUCCCUUUCCGGUAUAGCACAGUAUUCAUGAAACAAGGCGCCGGUAAGCUAAACAUGACCAUACCACACGCACUUGCAAACAUGGUGUACGGUAUUUGUGUUCGAAACAGUGCAACUUCACCGUCUACGGUUUUGACUUUUAAUUCACGCGAACGGUUACUGAUCAUUCCUAGUGCUUGUAGAAUGCUGUACUCUCGUGGCUUGUCGCAACAAAGUUAAUGAAAAAAAAAACCAAAUACAAAUUGUGCGCUAGUAUUUUGUACCAACAUGAAUGCGAGGCACAGACGUCAUGGGAAC